AUGGAGCAAGACGACUGGCAGACUGAACAUUUCAAUCAUCGCCGUAUUGGCCAUGGUCACAAGGGCAAAGGUUCUGCAAAGGGAGCGGUCUUCGACCCUCGACGCUGCUAUGGCGUUUAUCAGCUGCAGUGUCCGGCUUUGGCGAAGUUGCAACCAACUGCCGGAUCUGCUGUGAAAAGCGUGCCGACUCUCGAGAUUCAUGGACCAGUCGAAGGCCACGAUGAUGCUCUGAUGUGCUCGCUUGAGAUGCCUGGACUUCUGUCUGGAGUCGCCAUUCUCGCCGGCAGCAGGAAAGUUCUCAGCUCGGUCGUCCAGGACCUCGAGCAUCCGGAGCCGGAAGAAGAGGAGGACGAAGAGGAGGAAGAAGAGGAAGAGGAAGACGAAGCCGCCGGUGGAUCUGAAAAUGGCGGCAAGGGCGAAUCUUCCAACGAGGAAGAGCAGAUACCCAAGAGCAGCCUCGAAUUGGCAGAUGAGAAAGAGCGGCGUCGAUAUGCGGCCUUCGAGAAGAACUCUUUUCGAUCACCGAAGUUCUGGAUGCGUUGGCGAGCAGUGCGGAUGAUAUCUGACAACUCCAACCAGGAUGAUCAAGCGGCUGAUAUCGAAGCUACGCGUGAUCAACAUCCUGAGCCUUUGCCAGGCCAUACCAGCCAUCCAUCAGUUGAGGUCGAUGGAGGAUACUUGGUUUUCAGUGGCAACGACUGUGCCAGCUUCAGCGGGACUAUCAGCUGCCGCAGCUUCGACUGGAAGAAUGUCAAGCUCUCGGGAACGAAGGUCGUGUCGAAGGCGCGUGAGUGUCCGCGUGGCUGGGGCGAUAUCGUUGUGGAGGAGACUUGA